GAGAAAGUGCUGUACUUGUGUGAUGGCCCGCCGAAGGUUAAAUGUCCACAAAUCGUGGUGUUCACAUACCCGAACGAUCGGUGGUUGAGCGAAGUCAGAAAGGAUAGGUGCACUUACUGGAUGCCACCAUGGGCACUCGAACUUCGACUCCAAUUAGCUGCCGCUGUGCUAGACUACCCUUUAGCGCCUCGUAGCUCCGAUGAUGAAAUGGAAGAGCGGUUCUGGAACUUUGGCGGCGUGGCGAGCCAUUGCCUCAACCUUGACUUUGAGGCUAUCCCUGAAGCUAUCCACGAGCUGAUGGGGCCCAUUACACGUAUUACCGAUCGAGGCGACCUCCAAAACCUGCUGGUGGGGAAUAACGACACUCGCCAUCGUUUCCUGCACUACCGACCACCGAGGCUCCAGCGAACGAGGAUUACCCGAGUACCGAGGCCCCCGCCAACCAACACUACCCGAGUACCGAAGCGCCAGCGAACCACGAGUACUCGAGUACCGAGGCGCCGGUGA